GCGCGGAAGGUCGCCGUAUCAAGCUUCCCCGGAACUUUUUCCUCCCUCCUGUCCCGCCCCCUUCCCUAGCCGUGUCCCACCUUCCGGCCCCCGGGAACGCCGGCAACGGUUAUGGCUGCUGCCCCGCUUCAGCCGGAGUGUUGCUGAGCGCGGAGCCCGAGGGCGCCCGUGAGUUUGAAUUCUUGGGAUCCGCUUCUUAGCUGAGUGAGAGCACGUCUCCCAGUUGCUGACAGGCGUGAUGUUUUACUGGUUGCUGUCGGUGGUCCGAAGACCCAGAAGCAGCCGAGGAUGGCAGAAGUGGUCCCCAGCCAGGAGCGGUGCGUCAGCUGCCAAAGCGCAUUCUGUGGCCCUGCCUGCCCAGGCACAGGUGGUCAUCUGUGGUGGUGGAAUCAUGGGCACAUCUGUGGCCUAUCAUCUCUCCAAGAUGGGAUGGAAGGAUAUCGUCCUUUUGGAGCAGGGCAGGCUGGCUGCUGGCUCUACGAGGUUCUGUGCUGGCAUCCUAAGCACCGCCAGGCACUUGACCAUUGAGCAAAAGAUGGCAGACUACUCAAACAAACUCUACCAUCAGUUAGAGCAAGAAACAGGGAUCCAUACAGGUUACAUAAGGACAGGCUCGAUCUUUCUGGCCCAAACUCAGGACCGGCUGAUCUCCCUGAAGCGCAUCAAUUCAAGGCUGAAUGUUAUAGGCAUCCCCUCCGAGAUCAUCUCCCCCAAGAAAGUGGCCGAACUUCACCCUCUCCUCAAUGUGCACGACCUGGUGGGGGCCAUGCAUGUCCCCGAGGAUGCAGUGGUGUCCUCCGCCGACGUGGCUCUUGCCCUGGCAAGUGCCGCCUCCCAAAAUGGUGUUCAGAUCUAUGACCGGACAAGUAUUCUUCAUGUUAUGGUGAGGAAAGGUCAAGUCACUGGUGUGGAGACUAAUAAAGGACAGAUCCAGUGCCACUAUUUUGUCAACUGUGCUGGUCAGUGGGCAUACGAGCUGGGUCUGUCCAACGAGGAGCCGGUUAGUAUCCCGUUACAUGCCUGCGAACACUUCUACCUUCUGACUCGCCCCUGGGAGACCCCUCUGCAGAGCAACACACCAACUAUUGUGGAUGCCGAUGGAAGAAUUUAUAUUCGGAGCUGGCAGGGUGGCGUCCUGUCUGGGGGCUUUGAGAAGAACCCCAAACCAAUUUUCACUGAGGGCAAGAACCAGCUGGAGAUUCAGAAUCUACAGGAAGACUGGGAUCACUUUGAGCCCCUGUUGAGUUUCCUGCUGCGUAGGAUGCCGGAACUGGAGACUCUGGAGAUCGUGAAGUUGGUGAAUAGCCCCGAGACCUUCACCCCGGACAUGAGGUGCAUCAUGGGCGAGUCCCCUUCAGUGCGGGGCUACUUCGUCCUGGCGGGAAUGAACUCUGCUGGCCUUUCGUUUGCUGGAGGAGCUGGAAGUCGGCUCCCUGCUGGUAACACCUGCAUUGUCCGGUGCCAGUUUCCUGCUCUCCAGCUGGGCAGCACCUCUCCUCUUUGCCUAGAAGCAGCAUCUCUCAGCUAG